GGUCGAAAAAAAAAAAAAAAAAAAAAAGUUGAGUUGAAGCACACCACCAGGAAAGACUCAACAGUCAAGACACAAACGACUGGAUUGCUUUCGUGAGAGUUUAACUACGCAAAUGGUGACGAUAUACAGCUAAGGCAACUUCCUGUUUUAACGUGUGGCUUCCCGAACUCCGAUUCACCCGCAACCAUGUCAGGGGGAGCGGGGGAGGGUACAUCGACUGUCCCAGGCCUCCCUAAAUGUCCCAGCAUCCCGCAGGAGCUCAGACCAGGCCACUCCAACAGUAACUGUGAGAGCUGGACAAGACAGGGCAGAGGAGAUCUGUGUGGUGUAUCUGGGCCCAAACCCCUCAAGUCUCAGCGUUCCCUCCCAGGAACCCCUGUCUCCAUAAAACAGUUACCGAUUGACCUACGAACCUCCAUGGAAGAGAAGUACAAAGAGAUUGCAGAGGAGCUGUUCAAAAGCAGCAUGGCCGAAAGUGAGAUGCGCAGUGCCCCCUAUGAGUUCCCGGAAGACAGCCCCAUCGAGCAGCUGGAAGAGCGUCGGCACCGUCUCGAGAGGCAGAUCAGUCAGGACAUUAAGCUUGAGCCCGAGAUCUUGCUCCGCGCCAAACAGGACUUCAUGAAAAUCGACAGUGCCAUAGACCUCGAGUUAAUGAAGGAGAAGAGUGUUGAUGCUGUUGAUAAUGGCAUUAACGAGCGGGAAAUGCCAAUGGAGAGAGAGUAUCAGCGGGUCUCAAUAUCUGGAGAAGAGAAAUGUGGGGUGCCUUUCACUGACCUGGUUGAUGCUGCCAAGUGUGUGGUGAAGGCUUUGUUCAUUCGGGAGAAGUACAUCAACAGAUCCUUGCAGUCCUUUUGCAAGACCACGGCUAACGCCUUGCAAGACCUCGGCUUGAAGCCGCUGGACAUGGGAAUCUAUGACAAAUUCCCCGAGACCCCCGUCGAUGCUGGUAUCAUAUAUGCCCCCGUCCACCCACCCGUUUCCGAGACGCACCCUUAUGACAAUCUGGACCCCAAAAAUCUGCCCUCAGAUACAGGAUAUGCUUGCAAGAUGAUAGAUGGAGUAAUGCACGUUUACACCAAGAAGACCACCAUGGAGAAAAGUACACUAUUAGACCUGCCGUAUCCUGACCUGAAAGAAUAUAUCGCAGACAUGAAUGUAAUGAUGGCCCUCAUCAUUAACGGACCUGUGAAGUCUUUCUGCUACCGUCGCCUCCAGUACCUCAGCUCCAAAUAUCAAAUGCACAUCCUCCUAAAUGAAAUGAAGGAGCUGGCAGCCCAGAAGAAAGUUCCUCACAGAGACUUUUACAACAUACGCAAAGUGGACACGCACAUACACGCAUCCUCCUGCAUGAACCAGAAGCACCUGCUGCGCUUCAUCAAGCGGGCCAUGAAGAAAUAUCCAGAGGAGAUUGUUCACAUCGAGCACGAUCGGGGUCAAACCCUCAAGGAGGUGUUCGAGACCAUGAAUCUGACGGCCUUCGACCUGAGCGUGGACACGCUUGACAUGCAUGCGGACCGCAACACAUUCCAUCGCUUUGACAAGUUCAACGCCAAAUACAACCCCAUUGGAGAAUCCAUCCUGCGAGAGAUCUUCAUCAAGACCGACAACCACGUCGAAGGGAAAUACUUUGCACACAUAGUCAAGGAGGUCAUGUCCGACCUUGAGGAGAGCAAGUACCAAAAUUCGGAGCUGCGGCUGUCCAUCUACGGUCGCUCCAGAGACGAAUGGGACAAGCUGGCCCAGUGGGCCGUCAAUCACCGGGUGUACUCGGAUAACGUGCGCUGGCUUAUCCAGGUGCCCCGCCUUUUCGACGUUUAUCACACAAAGAAGCAGCUGGCUAAUUUCCAGGAGAUGCUGGAGAACAUCUUCCUGCCCCUUUUUGAAGCCACCAUCAACCCUCAGAGUCAUCCCGAGCUCCAUCUCUUCCUGGAGCACGUGGUCGGCUUCGACAGCGUGGAUGACGAGUCCAAACCCGAGCACCAUAUUUUCAAUCUGGACAGUCCUCUGCCUGCCAACUGGAAAGAGGAGGACAACCCGCCCUACUCCUACUACCUCUACUACACUUGCGCUAAUAUUACAGUGCUCAACCACCUCCGCAGGAGACGAGGCUUUCAUACAUUUGUGCUGCGACCUCACUGUGGCGAAGCAGGGCCAAUCCACCACCUGGUGUCGGGGUUCAUGUUGUCAGAGAACAUCUCCCACGGUCUGCUGCUCAGAAAGGCCCCCGUGCUGCAGUAUUUGUACUACCUGGCCCAGAUCGGUAUCGCCAUGUCCCCUCUGAGCAACAACAGCCUGUUCCUGAGCUACCACCGCAAUCCGCUGCCGGAGUACCUGUCAAGAGGCCUCAUGGUGUCCCUGUCCACCGACGACCCCCUCCAGUUCCACUUCACCAAGGAGCCUCUCAUGGAAGAGUACAGCAUUGCUACGCAAGUGUGGAAGCUCAGUUCCUGUGACAUGUGCGAGCUGGCAAGAAACAGUGUUCUCAUGAGUGGCUUUUCACACAAGGCCAAAAGCUACUGGCUGGGCCCAAGCUAUUACAAAGAAGGUCCGGAGAGCAACGACAUCCGCCGCACCAACCUCCCGGACAUCCGCGUGGCCUACCGCAGCGAGACGCUCUCCGAGGAGCUGCAGCUCAUCACUCAGGCCGUGCGCACCGAGGAGCUGGAGACCAUCAGCGAGGAGGACUCCCUGUGCAUGGGUCCUCUGCCCGGGUGCCGUUGAGCUCCUCAGUCCAAAAAUUAAAAUAAGCACACAACCAUC